CAAGACUAUUUAAGUUGUGCGGCCGUAAUGUUUCGGUUUCGGAACAUUGAUUGACAUGUCAUGUAUGUUUAUACAUUGUGGGUGCUUCUCCUGCCUUGCGUUUUCACCAAGGAGCAGGAUGGAGCCGAAGACAGGGUAUCCUUUACAUUGAUGGAUGUCUUCAACAGUUCCCUAAAACCCAGGACUUACAGCAUGAGGUGGAUCUCAGACGAUGAGUAUCUGCAGAAACGACAAGGCUCCGUCUAUCACUAUAAUGUGGCCACAGGAGAGUCCUCCAUGUUCAUCAGCAAAGACCAAUUUGAUGAAAAAGGCGCUACUGACUACCAGCUUUCCGCUGACCACAGAUAUGUGGCAUUUAUGAGCAACCGCACCAAGCUUUGGAGGCAUUCAUUCACAGCUUCAUAUUCAAUCUACGAUCGGACUUUAAACAAAUUCUUGGAAGAUUCUGACCUUGCUGAAGAAGUCCAGUAUUUGGCAUGGGCUCCUGAAGGCAACAAACUGGCUUUUGUUUGGGAAAAUAAUGUGUACAUAAAGACCAGCCCAGAUUCACGGGUCCAGCAAGUUACAUUUAAUGGCAAGGAGAACCACAUUUUAAAUGGAAUUCCAGAUUGGGUGUAUGAAGAGGAGAUGUUCUCAUCGAACCAGGGACUCUGGUGGUCCCCGGGAGGGAAAUAUGUGUCCUACGUGGAAUUCAACGAUACGGAGGUCCCUUUUGUAGAGUACCCCUGGUAUGGGGAUAGUCAGUACCCCAGUACGGUUUCCAUCCCAUAUCCAAAGGCAGGUUCCACCAACCCAGUCGUGAGACUAUUUGUUGUAGACACAGACAACACAACCCAUAUUAGCGAAGUUCACGUUCCAGAACUCUUCCGCUCAAGCGAACAUUACUUAGCCACCGUGACCUGGGGAACAGACCAGCGCCUUGCUGUCCAGUGGCUAAAAAGGGUCCAGAAUCACCUUAUCCUUCAGAUCUACGACUUCAAUGGCUCCACUUGGCUCCCUGUUGAGCAUCUGGACGUGCAAAGCCCCUCUGGCUGGAUUGGACGGUUUUCUCCACCAGAUCCAGUUUUUGCUGCAGAUAGGAAGGGCUUUUAUUUGCUGAUGAGUGACACUAAAGGCUACAAACACAUCCAUCAUGUAGUUGAGGGCAACGCCACAGCGAUCACCGCAGGAGAAUGGGAAGUUAUCGACAUUCAUAAAGUAACUGCAGAUACUGUUUAUUACUCCAGCAACCAAGAGGGUGGAAACCCUGGAGGAAGGAACGUUUACAGGUGGACCAAGGAAAAAGUCCAGUGUCUGACGUGCAAUUUAAGCAGGGACCACUGCCAGUAUAACUCUGCUUAUUUCAGUCACAAUGCAUCAUUUUACCAAAUGAACUGCAGAGGUCCUGGUGUCCCUUACAGUUCACUUGUGGAUAACCGGGAUGGCACUGAGCUGAAGCGUUUGGAGGAUAACAAGGAUUUCAUCCAGCUGAUAUCUCACAUCCUUAUGCCAACCAUGCGUCGCGGCACCAUCAAGGUUGCUGGAUACAAUCUCUGGUACCAAAUGUUAUUGCCACCAGGCUUUGAUGAGUCUAAGAAGUACCCUUUAUUGCUGGAUGUGUAUGCUGGUCCCUGCAGCCAAAAGGUUGACUUUAUCUACAGGGUGAGCUGGUCCACCUACCUGGCCAGCGAGGAGAAAGUCAUCGUGGCCAGCUUCGAUGGUAGAGGCAGUGGUUACCAAGGUGACAAGCUAAUGCACGAAAUCUAUAAACGUCUGGGAACCUAUGAGGUGGAAGAUCAGAUAACUGCAGCCAGGGAAUUCAUCAAAAUGGGAUUUAUUGACAGAAAAAGAAUUGCCAUUUGGGGAUGGUCUUAUGGCGGCUAUGUGGCAUCCAUGGCUUUGGGAUCUGGAAGCGGUGUCUUUAAAUGUGGGAUGGCAGUUGCUCCAGUCUCCAAAUGGGAAUAUUAUGAUUCCAUCUACACCGAGAGGUACAUGUUGACGCCAGCUGACAAUCCUGUGGCCUACUCAAAUUCAACAGUAACUGCACGGGCCAAGAACUUCCAUUCAGUGCAGUAUCUUCUAGUCCAUGGGACAGCUGAUGACAACGUUCAUUUCCAGCAAGCAGCUGAGAUAUCAGAAGCUUUGGUGGAAGAGCAGGUGGACUUUGAAGCCAUGUGGUACACAGACAAGGACCACGGGCUGGGUGGUUCUGCUAAUCAGCAUGUCUACACCCACAUGAGUCACUUCCUACAAAGGUGCUUUGCAUGAAGUCCUCGGAUCAACACAACUCCUGUACCUCACGCAUAAAGCUGAUUGUAUGCUGUAUGUGCAACAA